GCCUGUUCCAGAAGGCCAUCGCCCAGAGCGGCACGGCCAUCGCCAGCUGGUCGGUCAACUACCAGCCCCUCAAGUACACGCGGCUGCUGGCGGCCAAGGUGGGCUGCGAGCGCGCCGACACCGGCGCCGCCGUCGAGUGCCUGCGGCGCCAGCCCUUCCGCGCCCUGGUGGACCAGGACGUGCAGCCCGCCCGCUACCACGUGGCCUUCGGGCCGGUGGUGGACGGCGACGUGGUGCCGGACGACCCCGAGAUCCUGAUGCAGCAGGGCGAGUUCCUCAACUACGACAUCCUCAUCGGCGUCAACCAGGGCGAGGGGCUGAAGUUCGUGGAGGACUCGCUGGAGAGCGAGGACGGCAUCUCGGCCUCCUACUUCGACUUCACGGUGUCCAACUUCGUGGACAACCUCUACGGCUACCCCGAGGGCAAGGACAUCCUGCGGGAGACCAUCAAGUUCAUGUACACGGACUGGGCCGACCGCGACAACGGCGAGAUGCGGCGCAAGACGCUGCUGGCGCUCUUCACCGACCACCAGUGGGUGGCCCCGGCGGUGGCCACGGCCAAGCUGCACGCCGAGUACCAGUCGCCGGUGUACUUCUACACCUUCUACCACCACUGCCAGACGGACGCGCGGCCGGAGUGGGCGGACGCGGCGCACGGCGACGAGAUCCCCUACGUCUUCGGCGUGCCCAUGGUGGGCGCCACGGAUCUGUUCCCCUGCAACUUCUCCAAGAACGACGUCAUGCUCAGCGCCGUGGUCAUGACCUACUGGACCAGGGGGGGAUGGGGGGAGGGCGACCCCAACCAGCCGGUGCCGCAGGACACCAAGUUCAUCCACACCAAGCCCAACCGCUUCGAGGAGGUGGUGUGGACGCGCUUCGACGGCAAGGACAAGCGCUACCUGCACAUCGGCCUGAAGCCGCGCGUGCGCGACCACUACCGCGCCAACAAGGUCGCCUUCUGGCUGGAGCUGGUGCCGCACCUGCACAACCUGCACCAGCUGCCGCACGCCUCCCCCACCACGCGCCUGCCGCCGCCCGCCGGGCCCCCGCGCCGCCCCCCGCCCAC